AUGUCUCGUCCUCUUGUCCUGAUAACCGGCGCCAACCAAGGCGUCGGACGGGCCACAGCCCAGAUACUCGCCACAAAGCACGACUACCACGUCAUCGUCGGCAGCAGAAACCCUGAAGCCGGUGAAGCAGUCGCAGCCGACAUCCGCAAAGGGGGACAUCAAGCAACAUCUCUCCAGCUCGACCUCACCUCCGAAAACUCCAUCAAAGCUGCAGUGUCCACUAUUGAACGCCACUUUGGCUACCUCGACGUCCUUAUCAAUAACGCCGGGAUCCUCAUCGACGGCGAAAACAGCCUUACCCCCUGGGAAAUAUACUCUAGGACAUUCACAACCAAUGUUAUUGGCACCGGUGUCUUGACGGAAUACCUUGUCCCACUCCUCCGAAGGGCAAAAGCUGGCCCGCCGCGAAUUGUAUUCCUUUCUAGCACCAUGGGGAGCCUAGAAAAAGCCACGGAUACAUCGCUCCCCUGGUAUCCCAUCGAUUAUAAGGUCUAUGAUGCGAGUAAGGCUGCUGUGAACAUGCUUAUGCUUAACUAUGCGCGUGUGCUGGAUGCCGAUGGUGGGAAGGUUAAUGCGGUUUGUCCGGGGUAUGUGAAGACGAGCUUGACCGGGUGGAAUGAGUAUGGAGUGACGCCGGAGGAAGGGGCGAAGAGGGUUGUUGAGAUGGCGACUUUGGGGGAGGAUGGGGAGACGAGAACGUUCAGUAGCUCUAAGGGACCUAUUCCUUGGUGA